GAGUGCGGGAAAAGCUUCAAUCAGAGCUCACACCUUAUCGCACACAGGAGAAUCCACACUGGAGAGCUGCCCUACACAUGCUCUGAGUGUGGGAAAAGCUUCAGUCAGAGCUCACACCUUAUCGCACAUCGGAGAAUCCACAUGAGAGAGACGCCCUACACAUGCUCUGAGUGCGGGAAAAGCUUCAAUCGGAGCUCAAACCUUAUCAAACAUUGUAGAAUCCACACAGGAGAGAUGCCCUACACAUGCUCUGAGUGCGGGAAAAGCUUCAAUUGGAGCUCAGACCUUAUCGUACAUCAGAGAAUCCACACCGGAGAGAUGCCCUACACAUGCUCUGAGUGCGGGAAAAGCUUUAAUCAGAGCUCAAACCUUAUUGCACAUCAGAGAAUCCACACCAGAGAGACGCCCUACACGUGCUCUGAGUGCGGGAAAAGCUUCAGUCGGAGCUCAAACCUUAUUGCACAUCAGAGAAUCCACACAGGAGAGAGGCCCUAUGAAUGCAGUGAGUGUGGGAAAUGCUUCACUAGCAGCUCAUACCUUUCUAAACAUCAGAGAAUCCACACAGAUGACAAGCCCUACGAAUGCAGAGAGUGUGGGAAAAGAUUCACUCGCAGAUCAGGCCUUUUUCAACAUCAGCGAAUCCACACAGGGGAGAGGCCCUAUGAAUGCAGUGUGUGCGGGAAAACCUUCAAUCGCAGCUCGCAUCUUAUUAGUCAUCAGCGAAUCCACACAGGAGAGAGGCCCCAUGGAUGCAGCGAGUGUGGGAAAAACUUCAGUCACAGAUCAGCCCUUUCUGUUCAUCAGAAAAUCCACACAGGGGAGAGGCCCUAUGAAUGCAGUGAGUGUGGUGAAAGCUUCUCUCACAGAUCAGGACUUUCUCACCAUCAGAAAAUUCACACAGGAGAGAGGCCCUAUGAAUGUGGUGAGUGUGGAAAAUGCUUCACUAGUAGCUCAACCCUUUCUGUUCAUCAGAGAAUCCACACAGGGGAGAAGCCCUACGAAUGCAGUGAGUGUGGGGAAAGCUUCUCUCACAGAUCAGGACUUUUUCACCAUCAAAGAAUCCACACAGGGGAGAGGCCCUAUGAAUGCAGUGAGUGUGGGAAAACCUUCAAUCGCAGCUCCCACCUUAUUAGUCAUCAGAAAAUCCACACAGGAGAGAGGCCCUAUAAAUGCAGUGAGUGUGGGAAAAACUUCAUUCACAGAUCAGCUCUUUCUGUUCAUCAGAGAAUCCACACAGGGGAGAGACCCUAUAAAUGCAGUGAGUGUGGGAAAACCUUCAGUCAGUGUUCAAGCCUUAUUAGUCAUCAGAGUAUCCACACAGGAGAGAGGCCCUAUGAAUGCAGUGACUGUGGAAAAAGCUUCACUCGCAGAUCAGCCCUCUGUGAACAUCAGAGACUCCACACAGGGGAGAGGCCCUACGAAUGCAGCGACUGCGGAAAAAGCUUCACUCAAAGAUCAGCCCUCUCUGUUCAUCAGAGAAUCCACACAGGUGAGAGGCCCUAUGAAUGCAGUGGAUGUGGAAAAACCUUCUGUCACAGCUCAGCCCUUUCGGUUCAUCGGAGAAUCCACACAGGGGAGAGGCCCUAUGAAUGCCCUGCGUGUGGGAAAUGCUUCAUUAGCAGCUCCUACCUUUCUAAACAUCGGAGAAUCCACACAGGGGAGAGGCCCUACGAAUGCAGUGAGUGUGGGAAAACCUUCUCUCGUAGCUCAGCCCUUUCUGUACAUCAGCGAAUCCACACAGGGGAGAGGCCCUACAAAUGCAGUGAGUGUGGGAAAACCUUCAUUCACAGUUCGCACCUUAUUAGUCAUCAAACAAUCCACAGAGGAGAGAGGCCCUAUGAAUGCAGCGAGUGUGGGAAAACCUUCUCUCGCAGCUCCCACCUUAUUAGUCAUCAAACAAUCCACAGAGGAGAGAGGCCCUAUGAAUGCAGUGAGUGUGGGAAAAACUUCACUCACAGAUCAGCUCUUUCUGUUCAUCGGAGAAUCCACACAGGGGAGAGGCCCUGUGAAUGCCCUGUGUGUGGGAAAUGCUUCACUCAGAGAUCAGCACUUUCUGAACAUGAGAGAAUCCACACAGGGGAGAGGCCCUGUGAAUGCCCUGUGUGUGGGAAAUGCUUCAUUAGCAGCUCCUACCUUUCUAAACAUCGGAGAAUCCACACAGGGGACAGGCCCUACAAAUGCAGUGAGUGUGGGAAAACCUUCUCUCGCAGCUCAGCCCUUUCUGUACAUCAGAGAAUCCACACAGGGGAGAGGCCCUACAAAUGCAGUGAGUGUGGGAAAACCUUCUCUCGCAGCUCAGGCCUUUCUGUACAUCAGAGAAUCCACACAGGGGAGAGGCCCUACAAAUGCAGUGAGUGUGGAAAAACCUUCUCUUGCAGCUCAGCCCUUUCUGUACAUCAGAGAAUCCAUACAGGGGAGAGGCCCUACAAAUGCAGUGAGUGUGGGAAAACCUUCAUUCACAGUUCGCACCUUAUUAGGCAUCAAACAAUUCACAGAGGAGAGAGUCCCUAUGAAUGCAGUGAGUGUGGGAAAACCUUCUCUCGCAGCUCAGCCCACAGCUCAGCCCUUUCUGCACAUCAGAGAAUCCACAUGGGGAAGAUGCCCUUCGAAUGCCAUGAGUGUGGGAAAAUCUUCAGUCGCAGCUCGCACCUCAUUAGGCAUCAGACAGUCCGCACAGGGGAGAGGCCCUAUGAAUGCAGUGAGUGUGGAAAAACCUUCAGUCGCAGCUCACACCUUAUUAGACAUCAGACAGUCCACACAGGGGAGAGCCCCUUUGAAUGCAGUGAGUGUGGGAAAACCUUCAGUUGCAGCUGGAACCUUAUUAGGCAUCAGAAAAUCCACACAAGUGAGAGAACCUAUGAAAGCAGUGAGUGUGGGAAAACCUUAGGGCCCAAAGAAAUUUUGUCCAACUCCACUUCCUAGUUCAGUGUGUCUCAUUACUGUUCCAGAGGAUACCAGGGUUAGAUUGAGAACAAUCAUCCUUCACCGUUUGGAUGCAAAGAGAGAGUGCUUCAUAGGACAGUCCUUCCCUGUGGAUCCCAA